AUGUUCCGUCAGGCCAUUGCCACCUCGUCCCGCGCUCUGCGGGCUACUCCCAAGGUCACCGUCCCCCGACCCUUCGUCCAGUCGCAAUUCCAGGCUGCGCCUGCUUUCACUCUCAGAUCCGCCCAGCCCGCCGUCUCAAGAUGGUACAGCGACGCCAAGGAGGCCGAGUCCAAGCCUGCUGAGGAGGCCAAGUCGGAAACCAAGUCUGACGAGAAGCCCGCCGAGAACGAUCCCCUCACUGAGCUCAAGAAGACCCUCGAGGCCAAGGAGACCGAGGUCAAAGACUGGAAGGACAAGUGCCUGCGCACCGUCGCCGACUUCCGCAACCUGCAAGAGCGCACCACCCGUGAAGUCAAGUCCGCCAAAGAUUUCGCCAUCCAAAAGUUCGCCAAGGACCUCGUCGACAGCGUCGACAACCUCGACCGAGCUCUUGGAAUGGUUCCCCAGGAGAAGCUCAACGCCAAGGACCGACCUGAGGGCAUCGAGGAUCUCGCCAACCUGUACGAGGGUCUCAAGAUGACCGAGGAUAUCCUCAUGAACACCCUUAAGAAGCAUGGCCUCGAGCGUCUCAGCCCCGAGGGCGAGAAGUUCAACCCCAACGAGCAGGAGGCUACUUUCAUGACUCCCCAGCCUGACAAGGAGGACGGCACCGUCUUCUUCGUUCAACAGAAGGGCUUCAAGCUCAACGGCCGAGUGCUGCGCGCCGCCAAGGUCGGUGUUGUCAAGAACAAAUAA